CCCAACUCCCGUCCUAAUUCCGAUUUUCCCCUUCCGUGUCCACAGAGACGAAACUGCAGCAGUACAACUGUGGCCACCAAAUGAACCAAACUUCCAGACUGUCGCCGCCUCAGGGCGAUGCCAAUGCUUCCGACACGAGCAGCGGCCAGACGGCAUGGCCUGGUUCGCCUCAAGCCACGAAUCCCGCCGUGCAGACCGCACAACAAACCGAGGAGUCGCAGGCUGAGGCGGAAAAGAGGCGGCGGGAGCGGAAGCGGUUCACGGACAAGCUCGCGCAGAGGCAUCAUCGAAAACGCCAGAAGCUCUACAUCGAGGAACUCGAGGGCCGGCUCAACAUGCUCAAGUCGGGUAAUGGAGGAGACUCGGGGACGGCCGACUUGGUAGCCCAAAACCUGCGAUUGCAAGAAGAGGUGAAGCAAAUAAAUAGCCUCUGGGAUGAGAUGGAAGCCUUGAUGCAGCGCUACCGGCAGCUCAGGCGCCAAUCCGUUUUGAACACGGCGACCGGAAACCAACCUCUAAGUUACCACCCGACCAAAAACGCCAGCAAACAGCAUCCGGCCGAGCAGAACCAGAAUUUGCCCAUCCACGACCCGAGCCAGCAACCUCCGAGAACAGAAAUUCAGGACAUCCGCACCGUAGGGGACGCGGAGAACCUCAACGAAGGUCAACAUACAGCACACAUGGAUGCUUUGAUGGCCGCAUCAGGAACAGACGCAGCCUCGAUAGGCCUUGAUGCAAUGGCAUCCUCACGUAACACGGCGGACGUCCCGUUUGAUCGAGGACAUAUGGACACGACAACUACCUCGGGCGAUAUCGCUGCCCCCGUUGAUACCAACAUAUCAUUCAAUGAUCAAUCUCGCCAACCAGAUGGGGAUUAUGCAGAUAUGGUGCCAGAGUUUUGUGCAUUUGACGCCCUGUCUCGCUUGUUGCAACAAACGGACACCGCCCUGCAGGACUUCAACCCUCAUUCUCAUCCUCAUCCUCAAGCUCAUCCCCACUCCCAUCCUCUUCAUCACAACCAAAACCACAGCCACUGCCACAAUUACGAGAGCUCGACACAGAUGCAGCAAUUCGAGUUGGCAAAUAUGAUGUAUCUGGCAGCUUCGCCCCGACAGAACACCACCGGAGCCGACCCUGACGAUCCCCUCCAGAAAGACUCUCGACAGAGUCUCAACGCCAACAUCUGGCCCCCAGGUGCACAACCCCUCGCUUCCUACUUGCUCUCACCUCCCCGCGGCUCCCCAAUACCUAGUGGCCAUAACCCCUGGAGACAGGCAUCACCCGUCGCCUCUUCAGCACUGUCGCUCAAAAACAUGAUCGACUUACUAGGUGUCGACUUCGGAGACUGGUUGCCUUCGUCCAGUCCGUUGAUCGCCGCGCCCAUGGCGAGCGGGAAGCCAGAGUCACGGGCGCUUCCACUUAACCAAAACCCGCCGUCGCAACGGGAUAGAGAGGUGUCGACCAUAAUCGACCGGGCGCGGGCCAAUAUAGAAUCCGUUGGCCCGCCGACGCUUGUGGACUUCUUGUUCGAUAACCCUAAGAAUACCCUGUCGAUCGAUCUGAAGAAGCUGCUGGAGCCUGUUAGACAGAGAAGACGGACCUCGGAGUUCCUGGCUACUUAUUGGGUGCUAUAUCUUCUCUUCAGGUGGCAAAUUGUUAGGGACGAGGAGGCUUACCAAAACCUACCUACAUGGCUGCGGCCAACACGGCUUCAACUGACUGUUUCGCAUCCCGUUGCGGCAGACCUCGUCGCGUGGCCAGAAAUGCGCGAAGCACUCAUUCACAUGUCCAUGUCUGACGAAAUUGGUCUCUACGAUGUCUCGCGCGAUAUAGUUCGGUACCUGACCGUAGACAUUCAAACACCAGACCAGGCUACACUAAACGACCCCAAACGCUUGGAAGCGGAAAUCUUGGACUUGAGAAACUGGAAGCUCGGCCACGGGUUCUUCGACCGAUACCCUCAUUGGAAGCGGCUGCUCAAAGGGAAUGACAGUCUAGGUUUACCUUCAAACUCCUCAAACCCCUCAAACUCGUCGAAUCUCUCGAACAUUAGCAGGACCGAUAUUGGCACAAAUCUUAGUUGAAGAACCUUCCUUGAUCAAGAAUGAAGAAGACUUUUGUUCUAAAAGUAUGCUUGUCUUCAUAGCCUGCCAUGUCUCACUUCCAGCCAACC